AUGACCAUCGCGGCCCCCAAACGGUUGUCCUUCCGCCCCGCCACGCCCGCCGACGUCCCGGUCCUCCUCCCGCUCAUCCGCUCCGCCUACCGCGGCGACUCUUCGCGCAGGGGGUGGACCACCGAGGCCGACCUCGUCGCCGACAAGCGCAUCGACGAGGCCGGGCUCCUCGCCAAGAUCACCGAGCCCGAGAGCGUCGUCCUCCUCGUCACGGACGCCGCCGCCUCGUCCCCCCUGCUGGCGUGCUGCGAGGUCGCCCGGAGCGGGACGGACCCCGCCGUGGCGUACUUUGGCCUCUUCGCCGUGGACCCGGCGCGGCAGGCCGGCGGGGUGGGGCGGGCGGUGCUCGCGCACGCCGAGGCGUUCGCGCGCGCGCGGCUGGGGGCCCGGCGGAUGGAGAUGUGCGUCAUCUGGACGCGGGCGGAGCUGAUUGCGUGGUACGUGCGGAGGGGGUACGCGAGGACCGGGGAGCGGAGGGGGUUUCCUUACGCGGAGCUCGUGGACGGCCCGGCGCUGCGGGAUGAUUUGUGGUUCGAGGUCUUGGAGAAGGAGUUGUGA